UCCGCUAGACCUGGCAAGACUGACUCGAGAGGUGUAGGCUCACCAUAGCUAUCGCCUUUGCCUCAACUGCGAUAUCCAAGUCUUGAGCUCAACACCUCCUGUACACCUGUUUUCUCGGAUAAUCUUCACAUCCAACCAAGAUCUAUCCCGGCGAUGGCCACGCCUGUGAAAGAGCCUGGCCUUGAGGAUCGCUUGCGCGGUCUCAUCAUCAACAAUGAGGCGCAAAACUCCUCAGAUGCUGACACCCAUGCUGGCGCCCAACAUAGCAAGGUUGGGAGAAAGCGCCCGAAUCAAGCUGAGCGGCGCCAAAUGAACUCCCAAUUCGCGAUUCCCGUCGAUACUCGAACGCCGCCCCAGCCUCUGCAUCACUCGCGGGCACAGCCUCACCACAACAAUUACCAUCAACAGCCUCAGGGCCAAGCUUGCACGAACUCACCUCACCAACACCACCCCCAACACCGAAAUCAAUCACAAUGGCACCAGUCUGGAUCUCGCGCCUCCCGCCCCCAACGUGGCAGAGGUAAUUUGCAUCAAUCAAUGUCUGGUAGAGAGCCUCAUCAAGGGUCCCAAGCACUGCAUGAGUCUCCAAUGUCGCCAGCAGCAAUAGAGAACCAAGCAGCACACUUGAAUAAGCUUUGCUACGAAGUAGUCACGAAUUCGCAAAUCGAACGCUCCGAGAUUGCUGAGAAGGAAAAUUUUCGCGUCUUUAUUGAAGGAAUCGUCCGAAAAACCAUCACUAAUCACGAGCAAGAACAAGCUCAGAGAUACGAUUUUCCUUCUCAGAGCGUUGAGCUCAAGUGUUAUGGCAGCCUCUCUUCAGGGUUCGCCACGAAGGAUGCCGAUAUGGACCUUGCCAUUUUCUCCCCUUUGUCACCUGUACAACCCGACGCUCAUGGCUCGCCUAUUCCCAGAAUUGUGGAAAAGGCACUUCUCGAUGCUGGGUUCGGAGCCCGCUUACUGCCCCGGACAAGAGUGCCCAUCAUCAAAGUGUGCGAGCGGCCACCAGCUGGCUUCUACCAGAACCUGGUACACUUUCGCGCCCAGUGGGAGCAGGGACUGGAUCCAUCACAGCUGCACAAUUCCAAAGCAAACGCCGGCUCAAGGGCUGCAGAAGCUGGAAAGGACGUCGGAGAAGCCAAGGAUGGGGCAAUCGAAGCAGAACCUCCAGCUAAUGACGAUGCCAAAAGACCAAAACCUGGGGCCAUCUAUUUUACGGUACCCCUGAUUCAAACGGGGGGUGAGAAAGAAGUGUACCUCGGUCAAAAUGAAUCCUUCCUUCGGCAGUACAGUGAGCGCGCGCUGGCGAUAAUGGGCUGGAUUGGCUUACGUCGAGGCUUCGGUCGCCACAAGAACGAACCGACCUACAAGUCGGAAGAAUGGCAAGCAUCAGAACAGAUAUCUCGUGCCUUCAUCCAGGGUUUGGGCGACAAAUCACUAAGUGAAAGCCUUCAGGCAUACCCCUCGCUUCAAUUUGCCACAGACGGCAGCAUAGCCUGCCACUUUGUAGAGACGACAAUCAAGCAAGUGGAAGGCGAGGAUUUGCUCAGAGGCCUUGGCAACACCAGCGAUGAGCAAAGUGUCAUGAGCAGGUGGCGAAAGCUGAUGGAAUUGCCGGUUACGGAUAUCCAUCCCGAUGCUUUUGGGAGGGAAGUUGAGAGCGCUCUCCGCGACAUACGUGCCCUUCCUUCGAUUCAGUUGGAGGCUUUGCAUCAACCUUCAUUCCAAACGCCAUCAAAGUAUCACUAUCGCGCUGAGGAGAUUCGGAAACAAUUCGAGGACAAGGGUGUCGCAAUCCCCCAAAGUCUGCUCGCUAAAAAAUACAUCCAGGGCAUAUCAGACGAAACGAUGAGAAGGGACAUGCUUGAAUACGUGUCAUCUCUCGGGGACCAGGCUACGCUGUCAGCAGUGGCGACCAAACACAAGGCUUUGCAAUUAGCAGGCGAGUACGAGGAGGCCCUCCGGCAAGACAACAUAUUCAGGGAAGAGGUAGCCGAUGAUAUCAACGCCUAUAUCCGCCUUUUGCGGUCGCCCCUGGGACAAGUAAACCACGGCUCAGGCGCUACGGCGGAGGGCAUCCCAGUCACAGACGAGUACCGCUCUCUCAUUGAAAGAAUUCAAGCCUUGCCAGAUCCCCACGCCACCCUCGACAUGCAAAAGGGCGUGGUCAAGGACUUGCUGAACUUCCCUGAGAAGGACGCAGGUGUCCAAUGCGACAUCAACUUCUCGGCACAUCUUGGAUUCCAAAACACUAUUCUGCUCAGGUGCUACGCUCAUACGGACCCGCGCGUGCGACCAAUGAUUCUCUUCGUUAAACACUGGGCCAAGAUGCGGAACAUCAAUUCGGCCUAUCUGGGAACUUUAAGCAGCUACGGCUACGUCUUGAUGGUCCUCCACUAUCUUGUCAACGUGGCGCAGCCGUUUGUUUGUCCCAAUCUACAGCAGCUUGCGCCUCCUGUGCCACCACACCUGUCGCCGCUGGAAUACGAGAACACAGUCGAGGUGAAGGGUGCUAACAUCCGCUUCUGGAGAAACGAGGCUGAGAUACAGCAUCUCGCUGCCGCCAGUCAACUCAACAGAAACACAUCCUCCGUCGGACAUUUGAUCAGGGGGUUCUUUGAGUACUAUGCUCGCAGUGGUCAGAUCCGACACAUGCAUAGCAGAGGUUUUGACUGGGCCCAGGGUGUCAUUAGCUUACGAACUCCCGGUGGUUUGUUAUCAAAGCAGUCAAAGGACUGGGUCCAUGCCAAGCAUGCAUACCAAGGAAAGGACGGCAAGUUCUUCCUUGAUAAGUCGGAGGCGUUGGAGAGUCUUCCCAAAGGUGACGAGGUGAAGGAGGUUCGGUUGCGUUACCUUUUGGCUAUUGAGGAUCCGUUCGAGCUGGAUCACAAUGUGGCCCGCACCGUCACGCACACUGGUAUUGUAGCUAUUCGAGACGAGUUCCGGAGAGCAUGGAAAUUACUGCAAGAAGCCGGGGAGGGGCCAGGCCAACUGGACGAGCUGUUGGAGGAUGCAAGGCCGUCUAAAGAGCCUGAGCACUCACUAACAAAUCUCAUGAAAGAGAUCCAUGGGACAGAUUUGUUCGAGUAGUCAGACAGUGAUCGGAGUGAGAAAAGUUGUUCCAGCUUCAAUAUGGCUACCUUUGAAGGGAACUAGAGCGGCUCCUGCCUUUG